GAAGCUCUUUCGGAGAGAUCCUGACGAGGAGGAGCAUAAUGGAGUGGAUGAUAUGACCAAGCUGACUUACUUGCACGAGCCUGGUGUGCUUUACAAUCUUAAGAGGAGAUACGUUCUCAAUGAUAUCUACACAUACACUGGAAGCAUUCUGAUCGCUGUUAAUCCAUUUAAGAAGCUUCCACAUCUCUACGAUGCGUACAUGAUGGAACAGUACAAGGGAGCACCAUUCGGUGAGCUCAGUCCUCAUGUUUUUGCAGUUUCUGAAGUUGCAUACAGAGCAAUGAUGGACGACAGUCGAAGUCAGUCUAAACUCGUCAGCGGUGAAAGUGGAGCUGGCAAAACUGAGACAACGAAACUAAUCAUGCAGUAUCUUACAUUUGUUGGGGGACGUGCAGCUGUAGAUGAUAGAAGUGUUGAGCAGCAAGUCCUUGAAUCAAAUCCACUUUUGGAAGCAUUUGGCAACGCGAAAACAGUUAGAAACGAUAAUUCUAGCCGUUUUGGCAAGUUUGUCGAAAUUCAAUUUGACGCAAAUGGUAGAAUAUCUGGUGCUGCAAUCAGAACCUACCUUCUGGACUCUGGAGAGAUCACGUGUAGUCCGGAUAACAGACCCUGA